AUGAAAAUUAGGACAGAAAAUGCAGCUGAUGUUUCUUUUCUGGUGAAGUUUACACUUUAUGAGACAAAAACAAAAUUUUUUAUUGUUGGUGAAGAUUAUAGUGGAACAAGCUUUCAGGUACUUAAGAUAGAUCGAAUGGUUGAAGAUGAGUUGGAUUUGAUUGAGGAUGAAACAAUUUAUUCAAAAAAUGAAAUUUCGAAAUUACUAGUUACUAUUAACGAAGGAAACCGGAACUGUGGAGGAAUUUCAAAAGUAUUAGUUGCAUGGGGAAUAUGUGGAUUUAUUCGAUUUACUUGUGGUUAUUAUAUUUCAUUUAUUACAAAAAGAAGUACAGUUGCUUUGCUUGGAGGACAUUAUAUAUAUCAUAUUAAUGAUACUAAAUUGGUUCCAAUAGCCCAUUCAUCAAUUUUAUCUAAGAAAUCCCGCUCUGUUCUUGUUGAGGAAUCACGUUAUUUAAAUAUAUUUCAAACACUUGAUUUAAAUAAAACAUUCUAUUUUAGCUAUUCAUAUGAUAUUACUCAUACACUUCAACAUAAUCUUACAACACAUUCAUGUUUAAAGGCAAGAACAUUAGAUGACUAUAAUGAAAUGUUUGUUUGGAAUUAUAAUCUUUUAAAUAUUGCUAUAAAAUGUCUUAAAAACGGAUCAAAAUGGUGUAUUCCAAUUAUACACGGAUUUAUAGAUCAAGCAAAUAUUUCAGUAUAUGGAAAAUCGAUAUAUAUUACAUUAAUUGCUCGAAGAUCUAGGCAUUUUGCUGGUGCACGUUUUUUUAAAAGGGGCGUAAAUAGUAAAGGUUAUGUUGCUAAUGAUGUUGAAUCUGAACAAAUUGUCAGUGAAAUGUUAACUACAUCAUUUUAUACCAAAGAUAUGAAGCUUAAUCCAAAAUAUACAUCAUACGUUCAACAUCGUGGAAGUAUACCAUUAUUUUGGAGCCAGGAUCCUAAUAAUAUGAGUCCUAAACCUCCAAUAAAACUUGAUAUAAUAGAUCCGUUUUUUAGUGCAACUGCUUUACAUUUUGAUAAUAUGUUUAAGCGUUAUAAAACUCCAUGUAUUGUGGUAAACCUUAUAAAGUCCAGGGAAAGGGCUAGAAGAGAAUCUAUUUUACUCGAAGAAUAUACUCAGGCUAUUUAUUAUUUGAAUCAAUUUCUUCCUGAAGAUAAAAAAAUCAAAUAUAUUGCUUGGGAUAUGUCAAGGGCAUCUAAAACAAGAGGUCAAGAUGUAAUUUUAACACUUGAAAAUAUUGCAGAUGAGGUUUUAAAAACUACAGGAUUUUUUCAUAGUAAAAUUUUGAAUGAUCAAUCUCAAAAUAUUAAAAAAAAAUUGAAAUUGCAAGAAGGAAUAUGUCGUACUAAUUGUAUUGAUUGUUUAGAUAGGACUAAUGCUGCUCAAUUUGUUAUUGCAAAAAAAGCUUUAGGUUAUCAGCUUUUUGCAUUAGGGAUUAUACGAGAACCUAUUCUAAAUUAUGAUACUGAUGCAAUUAAUCUUUUAACAGAAAUGUAUCAUGAUCAUGGUGAUACAAUUGCAUUACAGUAUGGAGGAUCUCAUUUAGUAAAUACAAUGUCAACGUAUAGGAAAAUUAAUCAUUGGACAAGUCAUUCAAGAGAUAUAAUCGAAAGCAUUAGAAGAUUUUAUACUAAUUCGUUUGUUGAUGCACAGCGCCAAAGUGCCAUAAAUUUAUUUUUAGGCAUAAAAUUGCCUAAUAAUAAACAUAUGUUAUGGGAUUUAACAACAGAUUAUUAUUCACGUCAUACUCCUCAAUUAAAUAAUAUAAGAAGAAAUUAUAAAUAUUGGUAUAUACCACUAAAUAUAGACUCUUCUUUAGAUGAGAAUUGUCUAUCUGAGAAGUUAAAAUGUAACAAAUGUACUGAUUCUGAUGAAUAUUGGUCUGAAUAUUAUAAACCGAAAAUGUUAUCAACAUUAGAUAAAAUGUUUGCAUAUAAAAUUAAUUCAACAUUAAGAUAUAUAUCUUUAAAGUAUUCUUCGCCUAAGUAUUUUGAAUUCAGUCCAUUUGUGAUUCGUUCUCUACAUGGAGAUGUAUUAGAAGAAGAUUCCUCUAGAAGUAGGCCUUCAAAUAGAGACAAUUUAUCUUACAAAAAACAUAAACGUCAAUUUGCUAUUCAAAAGAUUCUUAGAAAGGCUGAAGAUAAAAAAAUAAUUCGAGAUACACAUGAAUAUAAUAAGGCUCAAAAAAUGGAAAGAUUUCAUGGAUUAGAUGCAAAAAAUGGUCCAUUUUUAUUUCCUUUGCCCUCACAAUAUGUAGAAAUUAAUCAUUUUUCAACAAGUUCUAUGAUGUAUAAGAAAGAAGAAUAUAAGAAUUAUUUAUAUCGUUCAUAUCAUAUCGAACUCCUUCAGGAAGAACUUUCUUCAAGAAAAUCAGAAUAUAAUCAGUGGAUUAGUCUCACUGAUAUUUCUUAUAUCGAUAAGGUUAAACCUAGUGAUAAAGAUCUAGAUCUUUAUAUAGAACAUUGUGAAUUUCCUGAAACUUUAUACCCUAUGAAAGGUACUUAUUCUUUAAAUAAAGAAACUAUACAGGAAGCAAAGUAUCAAUAA